UUCGUAAGUAUAACAUCACAAGCAGUUCUUCUUUAGAUUUGAAAAUAUCGUUGGCGUUGCAGGACGAUGAGUCGCGAGACACAUCAUCAGAUCUAGAUACUUGCAGCUUGUUGCCCCCGUCGAAGCCCGUCUACAAACACUGGCACAAUUCCGGACCACAAACCACAUGGAUGAAGCACCAGGUGAUCACCCCCACUGCUUUACUAGUUCUUUUUUCAACAACAUAUAAGUUGACCGAUUCUAGUCUUCAUCUGACUGAAAUAAAAAAAAAAGAACAUCAAUACUUGAAAAAGCAAUCCCAGCAGAAUGGCCUGCUCUGCCACCUUUGACGCCCCAGAACCCGAACCCUCUGCCGUAAACACCGAAAACCACUUUUCCUUUGUGCAAGUCCAGAAUGACAGGCUCACGGUGGAAUACAUCGGAAAGGGCAGCCACUCCGACGUCGGGUCGGUGCAGGCAAAUCGAUGCUGUCCCACCAACAGGCUGCUCUACUACUUCGAGGUUUGUAUUAUUGAUAACUUUUAAAGCGACGGUGAAUUUUUGCUGCGCGUCAGCCAAUAUGUCGCGCCGGCCAUAGGUUGAAGUAAGUAACUUGGUUCAACAUCGCCGAUUCCAUUUUUGCCGCGUGAUGUGAAGGCAGAUUCUUAUGGUCGUUUGAUGACCUCCUCCACCUGCAGGGGAAUAUAUGUAUGAAGCAUUCUGAUUGCUUUAUCACUAUCAGGUCGAAAUUCUUGCGCUUGGUGAGCGUGGGUCUAUCGGCGUUGGUCUUUCCGGAUCGGAUUUCUUGCUGAACCGGCAACCGGGCACCGAGCCCAUGUCUUUUGGCUACCGAGGCGACGAAGGCCAAAAAUUUCUCUGUUCGAACCAGCCCGAAGCCUACGGCCCGACGUUCCAAGCCGGUGACACGAUUGGGUGCGGAGUGAAUUGGCUCGACGGGACGUUGUUCUUCACCAGAAACGGCACGCAUUUAGGCGUAGCGGCGAGCGGGUCCAACUUUUUUCCCGCAUUUUUUUCUACUCCGGCGAGUGGAAGUCGAAGUGGUGGGCAGCAGCACACGACAAGCAGCCACGGGGGGCAUCAUGGCGCAACUGCCCCUGCUGGCGGGCAUAAUCACGGCACAACGAGCAGUACGAGUAGAAAUGCGUCUUCGAGUUCGAACAACACUGGCGGCUUGCUGAACGUCAGCAAUACAACGGGGGGCGGUGGUGGGAUCACUUCCGCCAGAGGGGCUUCUUCCAACUUCGAAGACUUUUACAUCUACCGCGGCUCGGAAAUCAGUGGCAACUGCGGCACCGCAAAUACUGCGUGGAAACACUAUGCGACGCCACAUGGGGCGCCGUCGGGACGGAGGGUGGUAAGAGUUUGCACUGCGUAGAUCGUGCAGCUGAUGAAAGUCGUAAAGUCAUGCUUGCAAGAACAUGGGGAGCAGAAGAUUUAUGUGCCUGAUCAAAGUUUUUCUGUGGUACAACUACGAGAGUGACAGACAAAGACACAGAAUUGAUGUCGAAUGAAAGGAAAAUCCAAUUAUCAACUGAAAGGUUCCUCGCCCGAAGCUGUUCCCGACCGUGGGACUGCACUGCCCGGGGGAGCGGAUCCGCUUUCGCUUCCAGCCGCCUUUUGCGUACGACAUUGCGCAGCAAAGGAAAACCAUCGUGGAUGAGGAAAGAAUGCGGAUAUUGAAGGUGGACUUGCCGUAUCAACACGGAUUGCUGCUGAACGACGAGGUUGCAGCUGGUGGAUCUCUCGUGCCACAGGUGGGUAACGGUAAUAACCAAGCUGAAGCUCCGUCUUCUAAUACUACUUCAAAACCAACUCCAACCAUGUCAAGUUCGUCUAGUAGUACAUCAGCUGCCCUGUCCCCGCCGAUUCCGCUCUGCGCCAAACUUGUUCACAACUACCUUUUAUUCGGCGGGUUCGCGAAAACGUUGGCGCACGUGCAAGUGGACGAACGAGAUAGUUCCGUUUGGAGGAUGAAAAACAAAGGCAACACCAGCACAAGUGUGCUGACCGGCUCAUCGGCCUCUUUCUCCUCCACCUCAGUUCCAGCUCGCGCCAAAAAUGCUGAAAAUCCAGCAGCGCCAACCGACCCAGAAACCGUCGACGAGCUGUUGCUCCAGGCGUCCCUGCCCUGGCGGUCUCUGGUCAGGGAAAACAUCGUGAAGGGCAAUGUGCGCGAGGCGAUGGACAUUUUGAAAGCGAACUAUCCGAACUUCUUCGAACUGGACUCUGAUUUGCCGUUUAACACGACUGCUGACGCUGCAGAUGAUGGUUUAGAGGGAGAUAAAGAGCGAAGCGAUGUUGACUCGUCAGACGAUGGAGGUCCUGGGGAGGACGAUGAUGAUGAUGGCGGUACGGGAGCAGAUGCACAAGAAGCUCAAGCUCAAGCUGUGGAAGGAGACGAGGAAGAACAGGGCGCCGACGAGGAGGAGAAGGGGGCAACAAAGACCUCAAAAAAAGCAACUGCGAGAAAGCGAUCCGCGUCUGAAGAGCCGCCUCCUAGAAAACGAAAGAAAGGUGGGGCUGCGGAAGGGCAGUUGCGGUAAGAUUUUUCAAUUUAUUUCGGCUACAGCACAACUCCGAGACUGACGAGUCGUGAUGGCUUGUAUUGCAUAUCUAUGCGGUAUGGUGUACAAGUGCAACUCACCAAAAAGCUUCACUCACAAACUAACACCUACACCACUCAGCCUUCUUCCCCAAGCCCUACUGUACACGCAGGCUUUUCUCGAGCUCUGGCGAGACGGCAAAGUCGCCGAGGCGGUAACGUUCCUCCGCACAGAGGUGGCGCAGCUUCGCUCCAAGAUCGUCGCGGCGUUGCACGAGGAUUAUUCAUCUGGACAAGAAGAUGGAACUGGUGACAUUCCAACAUCAGAAUCCCUUCUCGCCUUCCCCCUCGACAUCUCUUCGACCGGCAACUUUUCCGUUGACUCCUGUUUCGAAGACGCCUGCGCCGUGGUCGCGUACAAGAGCGCCGCCGCGAUGCCGCCCCGGGUGAAAGCGAUGUUCCACUCUUCGAGAAGAAUGCUCACCGCGGAUUUGGUCAACGCUCGGUGUGUGGAGCUGGCGUUGAGCAAGGCGCGCAGGGAAAGACGGAAGUUUGCGCUGGCGGCGAUUUUUCAACCAAGGCAGGUGUUGAGUGCGGUGGGGGACGAGGACAACGAUGAGGGCCCGAAAAACCACGCUAGUGAAUGUUGUUCAGGUGCACAAAUAAACGCAAAAGACAAAAAUGACGAAAGAGAAAUUGAUCUAGACGAGUUGGAGGACGCGCCACGGGAAGGUCGUGGCGAUGAUCGUGGAACGUACGGCCCAGCAAGGAAGAAGUCUUCAUCAUCUUCGCCGCAGCACAAGAUGAACUCUGCAGCAUCGCCUUCCGCGACGUCCGGCGACCAAAAGGCGCGAAGCACUGCGAUACCGCUUGACAUCGCGCAUUGGGCCUCGAAUCACUGGAGCGCCCUGCACAUUCUGCUUCGCCACCUGGUGCUAUUGCGGCAAGAUUUGCGCCCAUUGAACCGAGGGCCGGUGCCUUCGGUGCGGGCGCUUUGUCUUGGAGGCUGAGGAGAGACGUGUAUUGUCGCAGUUUGUCUGGUGUUGAUCUUGAUGAUGCUUCACUGACGACAGAAAUGGAAGACACUUGUACAGGAGCAGCUGGCUGCUUUGUCGAGGGCGUUCUUGCCCAGCACCGCAGUACGUGCGUGAGUCCGAAAAAACCGAGGAUGUUGGCUACUCGUUGACGAACUUGAAAAGUGAAAGGCUUGAAUUUACGACCUGUUUUGUUCAAUUUUUCCCGCGUCCGUGCAGCCAGUCCGCCU